AUGCCAACGUCGGAGAUCUCCCAUCGCGCAGCACUUGUAGCUCUCAAAGCCACAGGGAAGUCAUCAAGUGAGAUCUGUGCGAUCACAGGUACACCAGCACGUACAGUGAAUUCGAUCUAUACGCGAGCAAUAAGCCGAGGCUUCAAUCCGAAUGCCCGACCGCUCGAACUCCAUGAUUCCUAUUUCAUUGAUGGAGUUCGCUCUGGCCGGCCGAGCAAAUGGACCGAUGAGCUAAGAGAAAAAAUCCUUGACAAAGUCACUGGCCCUGGUCCGGUCAGCGAGAAGUCUUGUGUCGUUAUUGCUCAGGAGCUUACUGCUGAGGGUACCGAGAUCUCGCAUUCUUCUGUUCGGAGGAUCCUCCUGAGUGCGCAGGCCGAGAAACAGACUACCAAGCGCGUCGAGAGGCAGGCUCAGAAGCAGAGGCAUAUCUCAGAUGCCCAGGUUGGGCCUCGGGAUGACGCCGAUGUUGAUAUCGAGGUAAAUGCCGAGGUUGAAGGCCAGGUCGAUGCUCAAGUCCAACCCCGGGUCGGGUUGGCGCCCUGA